AUGGCGGGAGGAUCGAAAGGAAAAGCGAAGAAAGGAGGAACGAAUACUCACGAGAACGAGGACAACGACGAUGAAAUCGUGAUGCCUCCGACGAACAACACCCAACGAGAAGAAGAAGAAGACUAUAAUCAACAAGUCCUCGAUGCUAUUGCCUCUCACAACAACAACCAAGGCGUCAGCGACCCAGACUUGCAGAAGAUUUUGUCCUUUUGGAAAGGAGGCUUACGCAGGGACAUCAUCAACCACUUGUUGGAUUCAGAGAAAAUCACGUUACACACGGAAGGCGAAGGCGACAAUGCAAUUUGCUACUUCAAAAGAGUGAGCGAGGAAGAAAUGCUCAAGAAACGAGGGUUAUCGAGCGAAGAUAGGUUGGUGUUGCAAGUCAUCGAAACCGCCGGGAAUAGCGGGAUGUGGACGAAAGAAGUCAAGCAAAAGACGAACUUCCCGCAGGUGAAAGUGACGAAGAUUUUUAAAACCUUAGAGCAAAGGAAGUUGAUUAAAAGCGUGAAGCACGUCGCGCAGCAAAAUCGAAAGGUGUACAUGAAGUACGAUUUAGAACCGUCGAGGGAGAUUACCGGUGGAGCUUGGUUUACCGAUCAAGAGUUUGACGCCAAGUUCGUGAAAAUCAUGCGGGACGUGUGCCGGGAUUUUAUCAGAAAAGAGAAACGGGUGACUUUACAGGACGUGUAUGAGCACAUCGUGAAGAGUAAAAUAUCCAACGUGAAUUUGAGGAAAGAAGACGUGAAACAGAUUGUGGACACGCUGUUUUACGACGGGGACGUGGAGAUGAUCACGCCCGAGGAAAGGAGGAGACAGAAGAUGGAUGCGUACGAGGACGAUUUCAUCGACGAUAGGAAGAACCGAAGAGGUGGUGCUGAAGGAAUGUUGAUGUACGAAUCCGACGAGGAAGAAGAAGAAGAAGAAGAAGAAGAAGAAGACAGCGAAGGAGAGGACGAAGACACGACGACGAAGAAACGCAAGAAAGGAUCGGCGAAUAAUAACAAGAGGAAGAAUAGCAACAAGAAACAAAAGAAAGCGACGAUGGAGAACAAGAAAGGUAGUAGCAGCAACAAGAAGCAGCAGCAAAAGAAAAAAGGUAGAGGAGGAAACGAAAGCGAAGAGGCGACGGUUGAAGUUGACGACGGCGACGAUUUUACCGAAACAUACUACGUGCCUUCAAAGUGGAAAAGCAAUAUACUCACGCCGCUGAGUUACGUACCGUGUGGUAUUUGUACGGUCUAUCAAGAAUGUGAGCCAGGUGGGUUGAUCUCGCCGGAGAAGUGCCCUUACAUGGACAGGUGGAUUAGGGACAUUGAAGAGUCCGGGAAUAAUCCAGGACCAUAUAAUGGAAUAUUAGGAACGGAAGAUAACGACGACGAUGAAGAAGAAUAG